AUGCGGCGACGACAAAGUUUCGAUCUUAAAGGAAAGGAUGAGUUUGCCGCCGAAGGGGUCGCAAAGCAGCACAAUGAGCGCGGUGAGUCCCCUGGGCGAGCUCCCUUCCGACGACAGGUGGUGGUGGGUCCGGCGGCGGUGAUCCCGCGGCGACAUUCUGAAGAUCUGGAGGACCGGCUGGAUGAAGAGACCCAGGCCCAUCGAUGA